GAGGUAGCAGUUGAACGGCAGCGACCCAGCCGAGGGUGAUAUCUACUGGAUGAACUUGUCUCGACUUAAGCGUCCGGACCAGAGGCUGACUGUGGGGGCAAGGCCACUCUGAAGCGAAUGAAGAAACAUCUAAUCUUUCACUUCACAUACAGAGGACUUCUAACUAGAGGAAAAAAGAGUAAAAGAAGAAAAUGGAGUAUAAAUUACGAAAGGCUGAACCCAGGGACGUGUCUGAUAUAUUACGACUGGUGAAGGAGCUUGCAAAGUACGAGGAGAUGGAGCACCAGGUGACACUGACUGAAAAAGAACUCCUUGAGGAUGGAUUUGGUGACACCCCGUUUUACCAUUGCGUCAUCGCUGAAAUUCAAGGAGAAAACAGCAGUGACGAUCCGAAGGUGGUGGGCUUUGUCAUGUACUACUUCACGUAUGACCCCUGGAUCGGCAAACAGCUCUACCUGGAGGAGUUCUACGUGAUGGAGGAGUACAGAGGACUGGGCAUCGGGUCAGAGCUCCUGCGCCAUCUCAGUGACCUGGCGACAAAGACACGCUGCUCCGGCAUGAUGUUCGUUGUUGCGGAGAACAACGAGCCGUCCGUCCAGUUCUACAAGCGCCGCGGCGCCGAGGAUCUGUCGGAGGAGGAGGGCUGGAGGCUCUUCAGGUUCGACAAGACCAGCCUGGUGAAGCUGGGCACCCCGCCGGAGGAGUGAUGGAGCUCGUACGCACCAGAGGAGGAGGAGGAGGAGGAGACGCGAGGGUCCGACCCGAGGCCGCCAGCCGCGCUGCGUUUCCUGACGAGUCAUGCCGUUGAAUCUGAUGUCGUCUGUGGCGUUCCUCCCCGAGGAGCCGCCGGAGACACGGCUGCAGCCGGCUCAGGACUCGGUCCGCCCCCCUGCGUCUCCUCUCCUGUCAGACCGUCCAGCUGACUCACAAGUUCAGCUUUUUAAAAAGGGGAAAUUCUAUAUGAUAGUUCUAUGCUUCUGUUGUGUUUGUAGCUUAAUAAUCACAGUGAGCUUCUUGUCUGUUGCUGAUGUGUUACUCUGAAGCAUUUAUGUUUAUUUUAACCUUUCAUUCUUUGUUGGCAUUUGUGCAUUUAAUGUUCUUAAAAAGAGUUAUUAUUAUCGCUUGAGUUUGCAAUAAACUAACUUAGUUAUCACACA